UGGGGCUGCUGCUUGCGGCUCCUGCGGCUGCGGCUGCUUUGGCUUUGGCUUCUCUUGGGAUCGCCGCAUUCGCCUGGAUCAGCUAGCCAGCGAGGAAGGGACUCCCCGCUCCAGAGCCUUCUUUGCUUUAACAAGUUGGUGGUCUGAUGCUACACAGACAGCUGAUUGAGGAAUGACUCCCAUAUCAGUAAGGCACGCACAUUGUGAUUCAAGAAUUUCGCCAGUAAUGGAGUUGGCACAUAGUUUAUUACUAAAUGAAGAAGCUUUGGCCCAAAUUACUGAAGCAAAGAGGCCUGUCUUUAUCUUUGAAUGGUUGCGAUUUCUUGACAAAGUCCUGGUGGCUGCUAAUAAGACCGAUGUGAAGGAAAAACAGAAGAAGCUUGUUGAACAACUCACUGGAUUAAUAAGUAGUUCUCCUGGCCCUCCAACAAGGAAAUUAUUAGCUAAAAAUCUUGCAGCUCUUUAUAGCAUUGGAGAUACUUUCACUGUUUUUCAAACUCUUGACAAAUGUAAUGAUAUUAUUAAAAAUAAAGAUGACACUGCAGCCUAUUUGCCAACCAAAUUGGCUGCAGUAGCAUGUGUUGGGGCAUUUUAUGAAAAAAUGGGGAGGAUGUUAGGAAGUGCAUUUCCAGAAACAGUUAACAAUCUUUUGAAGUCUCUGAAAAGUGCAGAGUCUCAAGGCCGAAGUGAAAUCUUAAUGAGUUUACAAAAAGUUCUAAAUGGGUUGGGUGGUGCUGCAGCUUCCUGUCACCGUGAUAUUUAUAAGAAUGCAAGAUCUCUGCUAAGUGACAGAUCUAUGGCUGUUAGGUGUGCAGUUGCUAAAUGUCUGCUAGAACUACAGAAUGAAGCUGUGUUUAUGUGGACAGCUGAAUUGGAAAAUAUAGCCACACUGUCUUUUAAGGCUUUGGAAAGUUCAAAUUAUGGGGUUCGAGUGGCAGUGGCAAAACUCUUGGGAACAGUCAUGGCUACAGCAUUGAUGCCUAAGCAGGCAACAGUAAUGCGCCAGAAUGUGAAAAGAGCUACUUUAGAAGAAGUCUUAGAGCUCAUGGCCACAGGUUUUCUUCGUGGAGGAUCUGGAUUCUUAAAAAGUGGUGGAGAAAUGCUAAAAGUUGGUGGGUCAGUUAAUCGUGAAGUUAGAGUUGGAGUUACACAGGCAUAUGUUGUUUUUGUUACAACAUUAGGUGGUCAGUGGUUAGAACGCAGCUUUGCUACAUUCUUAUCCCAUGUCCUUGAUCUGGUUUCACAUCCUCGGGCCACUCAAACACAUGUAGAAGCUGUGUACUCAAGAAGAUGUGUCUCCUUUAUCCUCAGAGCUACCGUAGGCAGUCUGCUUGGGGAAAAAGCUCAGAUUGCAGCUGCCAAAGAAAUCUGCCAAGCCAUUGGAAAACAAAUGAAAGCAGUGGAAGCAGUAGUGAAUGAUACAAGUAGUGAAAACAAAUCUGGAGCUGCUGACAUAGCAGCCAGUCAGCAUGUGAUGGUGUGUGCCCUGCAGGAGCUUGGUAGCUUAGUCCAAAGCUUAAAUGCCACUGCAUCUCCUCUUAUUCAGGAAGCGUCUAUAGGUCUUUUGGAAACUGUAACAUCAGUGCUUCUACAUCCAAGUAUGGCUGCCCGACUUGCUGCAGCAUGGUGUUUGCGUUGUGUAGCUGUGGCAUUGCCUUUCCAGUUGACUCCAUUUCUAGACAGAUGUGCAGAAAGGCUCAACAAUCUGAAAAGCUCACCUGAAGCUGUUAGCGGUUACAGUUUUGCAAUGGCUGCUUUGUUAGGUGGAGUACAUCAGUGCCCAUUGGGUAUCCCUCAUGCCAAAGGAAAGAUGGUAGUAAGCAUUGCUGAAGAUCUUUUACGAACUGCUGCUCAAAACAGUAGGCUGUCCUUGCAGCGCACUCAAGCUGGAUGGCUUCUACUUGGAGCACUUAUGACUUUAGGUCCUUCUGUCGUUCGUUACCAUCUUCCCAAAAUGCUGCUAUUAUGGCGAAAUGUCUUCCCUCGUUCCUUAAAGGAGCUAGAGGCUGAAAAGGCACGAGGAGAUUCUUUUACUUGGCAGGUAACAUUGGAAGGCCGAGCUGGAGCUUUAUGUGCAAUGCGGAGUUUUGUUGCUCAUUGUCCUGAGCUUCUAACUGAGGAUGUGAUUAGAAAAUUGAUGACACCUAUUGAAUGUGCCAUGACGAUGAUGUCACACAUUCCAUCUGUAAUUAAGGCCCAUGGAGCUCAUCUCAAGGCUAGUGCUGCAAUGGUCCGUUUAAGGCUUUAUGAUAUUUUGGCAUUGUUACCCCCCAAAACUUAUGAAGGAUCUUUUAAUGCUCUUCUUAGGGAGCUGGUGGCUGAAUUUACUUUGACAGAUAACUCUGCCAAUACAACUACCUCCCUUCUAAGAUCUCUCUGCCAUUAUGAUGACAGUGUUCUUCUUGGUUCCUGGCUUCAAGAAACUGAUCAUAAAUCAAUUGAAGAUCAGCUCCAGCCAAAUAGUGCAUCUGGUAGUGGUGCUUUAGAGCAUGACCCAUCCUCCAUUUAUUUACGAAUACCUGCUGGUGAAGCUGUUCCUGGUCCUCUUCCCCUUGGAGUCUCAGUCAUUGAUGCUUCUGUUGCUCUCUUUGGUGUAGUGUUUCCUCACGUUUCUUAUAAACACCGAUUGCAGAUGCUGGAUCAUUUUGCUGAGUGUGUCAAACAGGCUAAAGGUGUUCGUCAGCAGGCUGUACAACUUAAUAUUUUCACUGCUGUUCUCAGUGCAUUAAAGGGCUUAGCUGAAAACAAAAGCACUUUAGGACCUGAGGAAGUUCGUAAAUCUGCUCUGACAUUGGUUAUGGGUGCUCUUGAUAAUCCAAAUCCCAUUUUAAGAUGUGCAGCUGGAGAAGCCCUUGGAAGAAUGGCUCAAGUGGUUGGAGAAGCAACUUUCAUUGCUAGAAUGGCUCAAUAUAGCUUUGACAAAUUAAAAUCUGCUCGAGAUGUUGUUUCCCGAACUGGCCAUUCAUUGGCUCUUGGCUGUCUGCAUCGAUAUGUUGGGGGGAUAGGAUCAGGACAACACCUCAAGACUAGUGUUAGUAUUCUGUUAGCACUGGCACAAGAUGGUACUUCACCUGAAGUCCAGACCUGGUCUCUUCAUUCACUUGCUUUGAUAGUGGAUUCUAGUGGGCCAAUGUAUCGUGGCUAUGUUGAACCAACUUUGUCUCUAGUUCUCACAUUGCUAUUGACAGUUCCGCCUUCACAUACAGAAGUUCAUCAGUGUUUGGGUCGAUGUUUAGGUGCUAUAAUAACCACAGUUGGACCUGAACUGCAGGGGAAUGGAGCAACAAUCUCAACAAUCCGCUCUUCUUGUUUGGUUGGUUGUGCAAUAACACAAGACCAUUCAGAUUCUCUUGUUCAAGCAGCUGCCAUAUCUUGCCUUCAACAGCUACAUAUGUUUGCACCACGGCAUGUCAAUCUGUCUAGUCUGGUUCCUAGUCUUUGUGUUCAUUUAUGUAGUUCCCAUUUACUACUCCGAAGGGCAGCAGUUGCAUGUCUUCGGCAACUUGCACAACGAGAAGCUGCUGAAGUAUGUGAAUAUGCUAUGAGCCUUGCAAAAAAUGCAGGCGACAAAGAAAGCAGUGGCAUCAAUAUGAAUCCUUUUGCACCGGGGGUUAGUUCUCGACGUGACAUCCAUUGUCGACACCAAGGUGUCAAUAUAACAGAAACUGGCUUGGAAGGGCUUCUUUUUGGAAUGCUAGACCGGGAGACUGAUAGAAAAUUAUGUUCUGACAUCCAUGAUACUUUAGGACACAUGCUUUCAUCCCUGGCUGUAGACAAACUUUCACACUGGCUAAUGCUUUGUAAGGAUGUUCUGGCAGCUUCCAGUGACAUGAGUACUACAACUCCUUUAAGUGGUGGAAAAGAUGAAGAAUCUGAGAAGAAGGAUGAGAUGGAUGAUGAUACUAUGUUUACCACAUUAGGGGAAGAGGAUAAAUCAAAGCCUUCUGUAGCUCCUCGCUGGGCUACUCGGGUAUUUGCUGCUGACUGCUUGUGUCGAGUCAUCAUGUUGUGUGAGAAUGCAGACCAGGCUCACUUUGAUCUUGCUAUGGCACGUUCAGCAAAACUGAGAAAUCCUACAAAUGAUCUUUUAGUGCUCCAUCUCUCUGACCUGAUACGCAUGGCAUUCAUGGCUGCUACUGAUCACAGCAACCAGCUGAGGAUGGCGGGGCUCCAAGCACUUGAAGACAUUAUCAAGAAAUUUGCGUCUGUGCCUGAGCCAGAAUUUCCAGGUCAUGUGAUUCUGGAGCAGUACCAAGCUAAUGUGGGAGCUGCUCUCAGACCAGCUUUUUCACAAGAUACUCCAUCAGAUAUAAUUGCAAAAGCUUGCCAGGUUUGUAGCACAUGGAUUGGAAGUGGAGUUGUUAGUGAUCUCAAUGACCUCCGUCGAGUACACAAUUUGCUUGUUUCUUCACUUGACAAAGUACAGGCAGGAAAAGGAUCUUCCAGUCAACUUUAUAGAGAGAGUGCCACAACCAUGGAAAAACUGGCAGUGCUGAAAGCUUGGGCUGAGGUUUAUGUUGUUGCUAUGAAUAUUAAAAAGGAAGCAGAGACUAAACCAAAAAGAGCCAUAAAAAACACUGAUGAUGAAGAUGAUGAUUAUGGGACUAUAGAUGAGCUGCCACCAGACAGUUUAAUUACACUUGUACAGCCUGAAUUGCCAACACUUAGCCGCCUCUGGUUGGCAGCAUUGAAAGAUUAUGCACUUUUGACUUUACCAGCUGAAUUUUCAAGUCAGCUUCCACCAGAUGGGGGAGCUUUUUAUACUCCAGAGACAAUUGAUACAGCUCGGCUUCACUACCGGAACUCUUGGGCUCCAAUUCUUCAUGCAGUAGCUCUUUGGUUAAAUAGCACAGGAUUUACUUGUUUAGAACCAACAGAAGAAACAUCAGUAUCUGGUUUACAAAAACGUCCAACACCUGUCAUUUUAAACCAGGCACCUGGAGCAACAGCUAAUACUAAAUCUUUGCCAGAAAUCAACAAAGACAGAAUGCAUCUGAUUUUAGGUGUUAGUAUACAGUUUCUUUGUUCUCCAAGACCUGAGGAACCUAUUGAACAUGUUACAGCGUGUCUGCAGGCAUUGCAUACCUUGCUAGAAUCCCCUUGUGCCAGAAUUCAUAUUGGAGAGGAUCAGCUCAUUGGUGUUGAGUUGCUGAAUGUGCUACAUCGACUCCUUUUGACUUGGAAUCCACCCUCAGUUCAGCUGCUGGUUACUGGAGUGGUACAGCAGAUAGUUAGAGCAGCUCAAGAUUAUUUGCAAGAAAAAAGAAACACCCUAAAUGAAGAUGAUAUGGAAAAAGAGACUUGCCCUGUGUUGGGAGAAGGAGGUGACAGUGGUGGUCUUAUUCCUGGAAAAUCUCUUGUCUUUGCAACCAUGGAGCUAUUGAUGUUCAUCUUAGUACGGCAUAUGCCACACCUCAGUACCAAGAUGUCAGAUUCACCAAGUCAUGUAUCUACCAAAACUCGAUUAUCUGAAGAGAGUGCUCGUUUAGUGGCAGCUGCAGUUACCAUCCUCUCAGAUCUGCCAUCCCUUUGCUCUCCUGCUGGAUGCAUGACAAUAUUACCCACAAUUCUGUUUCUGAUUGCAAGAAUAUUGAAAGACACAGCAAUAAAGUCUGGGGAUAAUCAAGUACCCCUCCCAGUCAGUGCAGCUCUACAAGGAAUUAAAAAUAUUGUGACUCUUUCAAUGGCCAAGACUGAUGAAACUCAAAAGCAGUGGACUGAUCUAAUUCGUAGUACUCUUGCAUGUAUCCUGGAGUAUUCUCAACCAGAAGAUUCAAUGCCUAUUCCUGAUGAAGUAAGCAUGCUUACCGCUAUUGCACUCUUCCUGUGGUCUGCCAGUACUGAAAUAAUUGGAGUCCAGUCCUUACAGAAUGGCUGCAUGAACAGAUUUAAAAAUGCACUGAAUUCUUGUGAUCCAUGGGUUCAAGCUAAGUGUUACCAGCUUCUUCUUUCAGUCUUCCAGCAUUCCAACCGUGCCCUUUCAACUCCCUACAUCCAUUCAUUAGCUCCAAUAAUGGUUGAAAAACUAAAAGCUGUUGAAAGGAGCCGGCCAACCAGUAGUACAGAGCUUUUAGCUGUUCAAGAAGGAAUCAAAGUUCUUGAAACAUUGGUUGCCCUUGGUGAAGAGCAGAACAGAGUCCAGUUACUUGCCCUUUUAGUUCCAACUUUGAUUUCAUAUUUGCUAGAUGAAAAUGCUUUUGAUUCAGCACUAACAGCAUCCAAAGAUCUUCAUGAGUUUGCACUCCAGAAUCUAAUGCAUAUUGGACCUCUAUAUCCACAUGCUUUCAAGACUGUAAUGGGAGCUGCUCCUGAGUUGAAAACACGACUGGAAACUGCAGUUCGAGCAAGCCAAGCUAGUAAAGCAAAAGCAGCUGCCAGGCAACCAGCACCUACCAUACAUUCCGCCCCAACAAUUAAACUCAAAACAAGCUUUUUUUGAAAUUACUAUUCCAUUCCUUUUUAUUUACAUUGGCAACAAAUACCAAAUUAGUCAAUGGUUCUGCAUCAUUCCAGUCUUUAUGUUUAUUUGAUUUGUAUAUUAGUAUUAGUGUUAUGAAAUAGGUCAAGUGAAUUCUACAGGUUCAUGUUGAUUUUAGCAAGUUUAUUUUUAUCAUGUAUGUGAAUUUAUUUCCUUUUUAUAAGAUAAUGUUUCUUUUCUUUUUAAUUUACUGUACAACACUUAGUUUUGCAAAUUUAAAUUAUAUUCUUUAAAAAGUAACUCAGAUAUAUCAUGUAUCAACUCAUUGAUAUAAUGAUGAAAAAUUAAAAUAGCAUUUGUCAUAGAAUUUAGUUGCAGAAAUGAGAAAUCAAAAUGAUUCACAAAGACUUGAACCUAAUUUAUUUUCUGCUAUGUAUAAUAAAGUGAAAUAGAUAUAAUAUUUUCCCAGAAUAUACUACACAAUGAAAUGUCCUUACCUUUCUAAUAGGUCUUUCUUUACUUUUUGAUUUAAAUAACUAAAUUAUUCUUUACCAUAUAUCAGUUGUUAAAAAUAAUUUAAGAAAUAAAACUCUUAUUUAAAGAUGCAUGAAAAUGUAUUACAUGUUGUAUGAUCUACUUUUUUAUGGUAAAAAAAAUUAACCUUUCAGAAUUUUUCCAGAUACAGCCCUGAGGUUUACUUGUGAUGUUCUAGCUAUCCCCAUCUCUUGUUUAGUGGGAUCAUUACCUUUAUGAUAAAAAUGUCAAGAUGAGUAUUUAUAACAUAGUAAUUAGAAAACAGAAUCUCCAAACUGUCCUUUACCAUACAGAGAAUUAUUCAAAAAAGUUAAAUCUAAUUACUUUAUGAGAUAGAAACUAGAGCAUAAACAAUCCUACAUCUUAUACUUGCUGCCUCUAUUUUGUAUUCAUGUGCAUGUAAUUCCUCUCUCAUUUAUCUUCAAUUCCUUUCAUGUACUCAUUCACCCAAAUUUCCCAUGAAACAACCCAUACAUUUUCACCUCUCUAUUUACUUUCUUUUAUAACUUCCUACUUGUUUUGCCUGUCUUUGUUCUCACUGAAAGGUACUCUUCUUGUAGACUUGCUUUUCCUCUGCUAGUCUGGGUGGUUUCUUUGUGUUUAUUUCUGUUUUAAUUAUUCUCUUCUAUUCCCACCCACUUCAGAUUUAUUGCUUCAUUCUUUCUUCUUAAGGUGUGGUGGGCUAAGCUGUGGAAGUGGUAUCUCUGUACUUUUCUGCACACCCUUUUGAGCCACUAUGAUAACAACUAGCCUCUUUGACCAUGUCUGUAUAGAUGUACAUCAACCCUGGUUCCUUUUUCAAAGAGAGAUGCAGUUAACUGAAAAUCAGAUAUAGUCUUCUGUAGUAAGUAAUAUUAUAUUGAAUUAAAUAAUAUAUAGAUGAAAGAAGGAAAAUAUCAUUUCCUUGUUUAUUUCUUACUGUGUGCUCUGUUACUGUAUCUUAUCCAAUUGUUUUUAAACAAUGAGGUUUCUAUGACUUAUUACAUUCUUGGCUGUCAAUAUUGUAAUCUUAGUUUGUAUUUUCUUAAUUUCAUCAUUUCACUCUGUUUAAUAAUCAUCAUAUUCACAAAAUAGCAUUGAGCCUUUUACAAACCUAUCUUUUUUCUGAUAAUCUCUGUACAUAUAAUUAAAUAUUACAUGUGUGGUAAAUUAUCCCUCUAAAAUGGCAGCAUGAAAUAUAUUAGAUAUGCAAUUGUAGAUUCAAUAAUUAAAGUAUUGUGCUUUCAUUAUGUACUUAAUGCCAUACUUUUUUGCAUUCACAUUUACUUUAAUUCAUUUCAACCUCUUCUGGUAUUUUUAACUUGUGGACCAAAUCAAGACUGUAUCAUACUUAUAAAUAAACUUGUAGCUUUUAUAUUUUUCCAUCAGUGGCUUUCCAAGCCAUUUCCAGUCAUAUUUAGACCAGUUUAAUUACAAUAGACCCAUGUUCCAGUUGUUUGUAUUAUCUGAAAUUGUUCCUUGUGAAAUUAAUAAAAUUUCACCUGCAUGA